AUGGCCAAUAGUUCACACAGUAGUUCACAUAGUCUACAGUCUUCUAAUGUCGUAGGUGUACAUUAUAGAGUCGGGAAAAAAAUUGGACCGAGUUUGCAAAAAUAUGAUAAUACAGAUAUUCCUCCUAGUCUUAGUAGCAAACUUGAUUGUCAUCAAUCAUUAAUUGCGAUGGAUUUAUUAAGAACAAACCUACUAAAUAAUCAACAAGUCGCGAUUAAAUUUGAACCACGUAAAAGUGAUGCACCCCAACUCCGUGAUGAAUAUCGAACUUACAAGAUUUUGGCAGGAUCACCUGGUAUACCGAGUGUAUAUUAUUUUGGGCAGGAAGGACUGCAUAAUAUACUAGUAGUUGAUCUGCUUGGGCCUAGCUUAGAAGAUCUGUUUGACAUGUGUAACAGGAAAUUCAGCAUUAAAACAGUGGUUAUGGUGGCUAAACAAAUGCUUACACGUGUGCAAACAAUUCACGAGAAGAAUCUUAUCUAUCGUGAUAUCAAACCAGAUAACUUUUUAAUUGGUCGCCCAGGAACAAAAGGAGCCAAUACAGUUCACGUUGUAGAUUUCGGCAUGGCAAAACAAUAUCGAGACCCAAAGACUAAACAACAUAUUCCCUAUCGAGAGAGAAAAAGUCUAAGUGGUACUGCAAGAUAUAUGAGCAUAAAUACUCAUCUGGGAAGAGAACAAUCACGGCGUGAUGAUCUGGAAGCUCUUGGUCAUGUUUUUAUGUACUUUUUAAGAGGAGGGUUACCCUGGCAAGGGCUUAAAGCUGCAACUAAUAAACAAAAAUAUGAGAAAAUUGGAGAAAAAAAACAAUCAACACCAAUUAAAGAAUUAUGCGAGGGUUUUCCAGAGGAAUUUGGCAUAUACCUUAACUAUGUUCGUAAAUUAGGAUUUGAAGAGAAUCCAGAUUAUGAUUUCCUCCGAGAUUUGUUUACGAAAGUUUUGAAAAACUCGAUUGAGACAGAGGAUGGUGUAUAUGACUGGAUGUUACUUAAUGGCGGUAAAGGAUGGGAAACUAGUACGAGAAAAGAUGACGGUACUCUGAACCCUGAAACUAACACACGCCUAACACUUCAUGGAACCUCAUCUCAGCAAUACAGUUCAAACGCUGGACCAUCGAUGAAUCGUGGGCAACAACCACAAAAUCCAUCAUCGCCUGCAUUAGCUCAUACGAAUUCGAAAAGAGGAUCGAAAAAACAUCCAAGUGGUAUGAUGCAACCCGGUAAUGUGGAUGAAUUGCCUUACGGAGCUCGUGUUGGAAUGAAUGGAGGUAAUGGAAAUGCUACUGGCCCUCAAGGAAAUAACCCUGCUGAUUCGAAUUCUCAUCGACGGCGCGGAAUCUGGCAAAAGUUUAUCGGGGCUUUUUGCGAAGAAUUUGAGCUAUAUCCAUUAAAACCUCGGGAGAUUGUCACAGAGUGGGUUAUUGGUACAGAGGAAGGAUAUUGA